AGCCACCGGAAAGCGAGGGGAGGACCACGGGCGUCGGUGCUAAUGAGGCUGGGGGUGUGGACGGGGGGAGACGGGGGUGUCGAGGCCGGGUCAGGCCCGGGGACUCCCCCGGGAAGGCCCUGGAGCCCUGGCCCGGCAGCCUCCGCCAUCAGACCGGGAGCGCCUCUGAUUGGGCGGCCCGAGGGGGCGGCGGCCCCGCACCCGCCCAGCUGCAGGUGGCGUCUUCCGGGAAGUGGAGGGCCACCUGGGGGAGGGGGUGCCCCGGAGCCCCGGGCCCUCCCAGACGGGCCUGGUCCCUGAGGUCCUCCCUGUCCCCACCCACAUUCCUCCGCCUUUCCCUGCCUGGUGUCGUUGGCAACCCGGCGGGGUGAGAGGCGGGCUUCUUCCUUCACCCCAGUCACCCCGUCCCUGGUGGUUUCCUGCACCCUCUCCUGGCCUAGCCAAGGCCAGGCCAACCAGGCUCUGGAACAGCCAGGAACUGCUGUGCUGUCCUGGACUGAUCCUCCCACGUGUGCGCUGGGAGGAAGCGCUCCUGCUCUCCCUCAGGUGACCCUGGGACCCGGGGAGGUGCCAGGGAGGUGGAGGGGACGUCGUGCAGCUUCCACACCUUCCUCUUUCUGCCCUCCAGUCCCUGCCUGGGCUGUGGCCCCUGCCAGGAGCGCCUUCUUCCCUCCUUCUCGUUGUCCUUCCUGCCAAGCCUCCUCCUUCUGGUGGCCCAGCAGGGCCUCUUCCCCUGCUUCUGGGUUUCUGUUCUGUUCUGUUCUGUUUUGUUUUUGAGACAGGGUCUCACUGGCCUUGAACUCACUGUGUAGCCAGGCUGGCCUCAAACUUGUGGCCCUCCUCCUGCCUCAGCCUCCCGAGUGCUGGGAUGACAGGAGUGCUCCACCAUGCCACGCUCAGUUUCCGCCCUGUGUGCGCUCAGGCCUAGAUUGUCUGCCUUGUGCUCAAGACUGUGAGCGCCACGAGAUCAGGACCCGCACGGGUCUGGAUCGCAGCCGCAUUUGGGGGAACCAUCUCUCCCCAGCACAGCCGGCCUCGCCUCAAGCAGUGACGCCCGGGGGACGUUGCCUUUUGUGCUUCUCAUGGAGGAGAGACAGUGGCACCUUGUAGGACAGGAAUUUUCCAUCUUUGUCCCCAUGGCUCCGCUGUGACGACUGAUUAUGGUGCAUGUGAGCUUACCGUGUGAUCGCCUGCCCGGGUCACUCCUGGACGCCCUUGACGCCUGCUGCUGCUCCCGGAUGGGGUCCCUCUUGUUGGGGGGCAGAGAACCACAAGGACCAGUCCAAGAGCCGGGACCCCUGCGUCAGGCGGGCAGCUGGGCGGGGAGCAGACACGGGCUGCACCUCUGAGCCAGCCGUGCAACCGCGGACAAGGCCUCCACCCCUCCACCUGGGCCUCCGUGAAAAUAAGAGGGCUCGGUCCCCCAAUCUCUGAGGAUGCUUUAGGUGGUGCAGGUGAGCGGCCCCAGAACCUCCUGGGCACCAGGCCUCACAGGGCCCACCGUGGGGGUCGGGGCGCCUGGUGUGGGCAGACGGGGUACAAUGAGCCGCUCCUCACAUGAGGCCAGGAGAGCCCCGCAUGGCUGACAGCAGCGCUGUCUAUUCAGUUCGCACCACUUGCUGGGCCAUCAGGGACUACUGUUCUCCCCAUUUUGCAGAUAAGGAAACUGAGGCCAGAGCCUUGAACCCUGUCUUCCUCCCUGGGGCCUCCUGGGCUGCCCUCUGGCCCCCUGCAGACCAUGUGCCAUCCGGGCCUCAGCUUCCAGGUCUCACAAGGCGGCCACAAAGGUGCCUGUUGCCAGCGGGGUAUGAGGACCCUCCCCACCUCCGCGCCCACCGCAGGGGUGCAAGGGAGGAACUGGAGCCGCAGAGGACGCGAGACAGAGACUGGAGCCCGCCUGGCCCCGGGCCCUGCCGCAACCUGGGCCUGGUCCCCGCUGCUGCCCGCUCCUCGUCUCCCUUCUGCCCACACUGAAGCACCAGACCUUUCUGGGCCUCCAAGGGAACCCCGACCCCUCGCCCCGCAGAGGCCUGUGGGUUUGCUCACAUGACGCCCCACACCCACUGCACGCUAACCCAGCCGGGGCCUUCCUCGGUGGCCGGCCGCCCCUGCAGACUCACCCUCUCGGCUUCCGGGGCCCAGAACCCCCCACAUCGGAUCAGCUGCUGGCUGCUGAGACGGCAGUCUCUCUCUCUCUCACACACACACACCCACCCCAGCCCUGUGUGUUUAUCACUGCUGUUAGGCUGGGUGAGAACGGGGCACCUGUCUCCUUCAUCUCUGGUCCCACGGUGGCCUGGGGUGGUCCUCCAGGGCUCCUUCGCCUUCCUGCCCUCCCUCCUAGCAGAGCUAAGGAGCCACAGAGACCUGGAUCUCCAGCCCCGCCGGGCCAGCACCAGCCUCAGCUGUCACAUCUGCAGAAUGGGGAGAAGACCCACGUGCUGGGGCUGUGGCACUCAUGAGGAAGGUCGUCCUAGGACAGAGGCUCAGUCGGUUCUGGCGGCCAUCAUCCUGCCGAGUUCCCCGCCUGGCCAAGGGAAUCACCCCUGGUCCCGUCUGGAGCUCUGCUCCCUCAGCCACAGCUCAGAACAUUCAAUGGCUCCCCAUUGCCUGGCCCCCAGAAACAAAACUCCAGCUCAUUCUCAAAGCUCUUUGCCAACCGUCUUUCUGGAUUUUCCAGUGAGGCCAAACAGGGAGGAAGGGGUUUCUUUCCAGCUGGUGGUCCCUCUACGGCACCCCUCUCCCGUCCACCUUGGCGCAGGCCCUGAAGCAAGGCUGACAGAAUCCACGCGGACCCUCAUCCUCCCUGAGUGUCCUCCUGCCGGAGCUCCAGGGAAAAGAAGAGAACGUUUCUUUUCUUUUCUUUUCAGACAGGGUGCACUUCUAUGUAUUUCAGGCUGGCUUGAAUUCCUAGUGAUCCUCCUACCUCAGCCUCCCAAGUGCUGGGAUGACAGGUGUGUGCAACCAAGCCCGGCUGCAAGAGAACAUUUGUUCCUCAAAAAAAAAUAAAAUAAAAAACGUUUCCCAUUUCUAAAAGUAAUACAUGUUAAUUGUAGAUAAUUUAAAAAUUAAGAUACACCAAA